AUGAAUACUUCCGACGACGCCAAGCGAAGCAUCUCCGGGAAUCUACCACCGAAGUCCGGCUCCGAUGAUCGGAGACUCGUGCCCGUCGAACCCGCCGCUGCUCCCGUCGUCGGCAAGAAAAUCGUCAUCAAGAACGCGGACAUGAAGGAGGACAUGCAGAAGGAGGCUGUGGAGAUUGCCAUCUCCGCGUUCGAGAAGCUGAAUGUGGAGAAGGACGUGGCGGAGUACAUAAAGAAGGAAUUCGACCGGAAGCACGGACCUACUUGGCAUUGUAUCGUUGGCCGGAAUUUCGGUUCAUACGUGACCCAUGAGACGAAUCACUUUGUGUAUUUCUACUUGGACCAGAAGGCAGUCUUGCUCUUCAAAUCUGGCUGAGGCCGCCCCACAUUCCCCAGUCGCAGCAGCAGCGGCACACACAUCCAAUAUGGCAUGGUGGCGACACCAUGAACUAUCGAUCAUGCCUUGUACGUAUUAAAAAGACCCAAAACCAGAAAAAUUUUCUUGCUAGCAUUUUUGUUGUUGUGUGGAUGGAUCCAUUUGUAUAUCUCUUGGAUUAUUGGUUUUCAGCUACGUGAACUACUCCAAGUUUAAUCUUCCAUGCCUUCUGUCCGUUUCCUGCUUGUCUCUUCUUUUGUUAUCUGCUGCCUCUGCUGUCGUUGUAUGCAGUCAUAUAUUAUUCCUCUUAUCACAUGAAGUUUGGAACCAAAUUUCUG